AGUGAACUCCAAAACUUGUUUCAAUACGUAAAAGAAUAUGCUUUCACUAGUCAGCCUUUUCGCAAUCGCCUCCAUUGCAGUUCCUACGGCUCUUGCACAUGGCGGGGUUCUGUCAUACGUCAAUGCCGGGAACUGGUAUCAAGGCUGGGCUCCAUACAACAGUCCUACCGGACAAACCACUAUUCAGCGUCCUUGGUCAACCUACAACCCUAUCACUGUUGCAACUGACCCUACCAUUGCUUGCAAUGACGACGGUACCUCUGGGGCACUCCAGCUUACUGCUACUGUUGCUGCCGGCUCCGCGAUCACUGCCUACUGGAAUCAGGUCUGGCCUCAUGCAUAUGGACCGAUGUUGACCUACUUGGCACAAUGCCCGGGGUCAACCUGCACUGGUGUGAACGCGAAUACUCUUAAAUGGUUCAAGAUCGAUGAGGCUGGUCUUUUGUCUGGUUCUAUCGGCGAUGGAUACUGGGGUUCCGGCAAGAUGAUUGACCAGAACUCAUCCUGGACCACGACCAUUCCUUCGUCUGUACCCUCUGGCAAUUAUCUGAUCCGGUUCGAGACUAUUGCACUCCACUCUCUUCCUGCUCAAUUCUAUCCGGAAUGUGCCCAGAUCCAAAUCACCGGUGGAGGCAGCCAAGCACCAACCAGUGACGAACUAGUUUCCUUCCCCGGCGCGUACAGUGCUUCCGAUCCCGGCCUUACUGUUGAUCUUUACGCCAACAAUGCUAAGACUGAGACCACUUAUAUCAUCCCUGGGCCUCCUCUCUACGGUAGCGGGACUGGUGCUCCGGCUCCGGCUCCACCCACCACCGCAGCACCUACUUCAACUUCUUUGCCGUCCAGUACCGUUGCUCCUCCCUCCACUACUUCAACAGCGGCAGGUACCAUCGCUCAAUACGGCCAGUGCGGAGGUUCCGGUUACACGGGACCGACAGGAUGUGCCGCGCCGUUCACUUGCCAAAAGUUGAAUGACUACUAUUCUCAAUGUCUGUAAACGCGGAAUGAAGACUGUCUCUGUAUUAUUAUGACCUCGUAUUGUUCCAACGCUGUAUCGACCCGCUCUAUCAAGUGUUCUAUCUCGAAUUUGAACCAUA